UGCCGCAAACUUCACUCCCUCGGCUAAUAGCAACUUCAACAUUCAAAACUUGAUUUGUUUUCUCAGUCAACAACCUCAGCAGAAUAGUUCUACCUCUGCUCCAACAUCAUCUCCACCACCACCAUUAGCCUAUAAUAUAUCUGGUAACAAUGUAUCACCUUCUCAUUUUACAUGGAUAGUUGAUAGUGGUGCAACACACCAUGUUUGUUUUGACGUCAAUUGUUUCAUUUUUCUGUAUUCUGCACCUAUUGCAACUUCCAUAACAUUGCCUAAUGGUCUAAAAUCAAAAGUUUGCAAAACUGGUACAAGAUGGUUUUCGCCAAUCACCUUCAAAUCACUCACUUUUUAUCAAGUCUAACUCUAAUGUUUUCCUUGUUGUUUUAGUCUAUGUAGAUGAUCUUGUCAUAGCUAGUAACAAUGAUCAUGUUGUCACUACAUUUAAACAACCAUUAGACUCCAAGUUCAAGCUCAAAGACCUUGGUUCUCUACUGUUCUUCCUUGGACUAGAAAAAGGUUGCUCAAAAUCUAGUGUUUCCGUAUCUCAAAGACCAUUUAUCCUUCAAAUACUAAAUGAUAUAGGAAAUCCAAGUGCUAAAGUGGAUUCUACACCAAUGGAACCUAAUCUCAAAUUGAGCUUGAUUGAUGGAGGACUACUUUCGAAUCCCACUUCUUAUAUAUAUGGCCUUACUCGAAUAAUGAUAAUAAUGCAACAUUCCAAACCCUAGAUGUUGGUCAAGAUUCAAAUUCAAAGUAUGAAUGCAAUUCUCGAUAAUCAAAUAAACAUGUUCAUGAUAUUAAUGUUAAUCUUAAAUAGAAAGAACUAAAUGAUUAAAUGAUGAUAAGAUGAAAUUAGAUACAUUUAAUCAUCAAUACUAACAAUGAAAAACAUAAUAGAAUUAUAAAAUACAAGAAUAGGGUUAGAGAGAUACAACCUUUGUAUUGAGCAACUUGAAUCUUCAAACUUGGGGAACUUCUAAGGCUUAUACAUAAUAAUAAUAUUGUUGUCCAAAAUCUCUGUUCCAAGCAUUUCCAAUCGCUUAAAGCUUCAACUAAGUAGAAUGAGAUUUGGGAUUGAACAAGCCUUAAAACUCAUGCAAUUCAAGCAAAGCUUGAUGAGUUUCUUGGAGAAAACUUUGGUCUUAGAAAGCUAGAGAGAGAAUGAGGUUAGAGAGAGAGUUGGAAAGUGUGAUCAAGGCUUUUCAACUUUAAUAACCCAUAUAUAUAUAGUGUAGGUAUCAUCAUUAUUCUAACCAAUAGGAUUAGAGCAUUUAAAACACAUCAUUUGGAGCAUUUUAUGUAAACUGUACAGCUCUAAAAAGAUCGCUCAGGCGAUACGUCGCCUAUUAGUAGGCGAUGCAUCGCCUGCUAGGGCUUUUGAAGCCCUUCGCAUUUUGGUGAUGCUACGUCACUUAGAGGAUGAUGCAUCGCCACCCUCUCUAACUUGGACCCUUUUAAUGGUCCUAAAAUUGCUCCAAAUACUACCGAACAUUUUGGAAAUGUUUGGAUACCUCAUUGUAUCACUUUAGAUCCACAAAAGUCACUUUUAGAUGUCUUUUACACAAUCUCAUGUUUUCACUUCUCUUUAAGUGAAAACCGCUAAGUGUUUUGCACCUCAGUGUGUAAACAUUUUAACCAUUAUAUUUAACUAAUCUCAACAAUCUUGUCAUAGCUAGUAACAAUGAUCAUGUUGUCACUACAUUUAAACAACUAUUAUACUCCAAGUUCAAGCUCAAAGAUCUUGGUUUUCUACGAUUCUUCCUUGGACUAGAAAUAGGUUGCUCAAAAUCUGGUAUUUCCGUAUCUCAAAGACCAUUUAUCCUUCAAAUACUAAAUGAUACAAAAAAUCUAGGUGCCAAAGCGACUUCUACACCAAUGGAACCUAAUCUCAAAUUGAGCUUGAUUGAUGGAGAACUACUUUCGAAUCCCACUUCUUAUAGAAGCUUAAUUGGAAAACUACUAUAUCUUACUAUAACAAGACCUAAUAUUUCAUUUGCACCGAAUAGAUUAAGUCAAUUUCUUGUUGCUCCUAAACAACCACACAUGAAGGCUGCCCAACGAUUACUUAACUAUCUCAAAGGCACUCCUGCAUAAGGUUUAUUCUUCCAUUCUCAUACUCAUCUAAUGCCUUCUACAAACUUACAACUUAAAAUGUUUUUUUAUGCUGAAUGGGGCACAUGCCCUGACACAAGGUGUUCCAUAUCAAGUUUUUUUUAUUUUUUUAGGUCGCUCAUUGAUCUCUUGGAAAUAAAAAAAAUAACAAACUGUCUCUAGAUUAUCUGUCGAAGCUAAAUAUAGAGCUAUGGCCACAACUACUUGUGAAUUCUUAUGGAUCUGAGCUCUUCUCAAGGACUUUGGCAUCACAUUAUCCAAGUCAUCUAUCCUUUAUUGCAACAACAACACUGUCAUACACAUCUCAGAAAAUCAUCUUUUCCAUAAGUGCAAUUAACAUGUUGACAUUGACUGUCAUAUAGUUCGAAAACAAGUAUCCAAUGGACAACUCCAGCUCAUUCAUGUUUCUUCCAACAACAACAUUACAGACAUAUUCACAAAGCCACUCUUUCCAGCUGCAUUUCAAGACUUAGUCUCCAAGAUAAGUUUAUCCAAUUUGUAUAUUUCAUCUUAACAUAAACCGCAAUGUUGGUUAGUUAACAACUCAAUUAGUCCAUUGAUCUGGUUAGUUAGUUAAGUGAGUUGUUGACUUAAUUUGUAUAUAAAUUCAGAUACUCAUUACUAUAUUUCAUAACUUUUACUCCAUAUACAAUAAGAGUUUUAGUUUACUAAUACUUAUUUCCCCCAUUUCUUACGGUCUUCUUCCCUAAACAAGUCUUUCUCUCUGUGGAAGAAAAUUUACUACACUACUUAAGUGCAUGCAUUGGUGACUUUCAUGACGGUUGGAACUUAGCUAGAAGAACACGGUUUGAAACUGGCACCUUAAACAUUAAUGAAGAGAUACAUAUAUAAAAAUAUAAUUAGUUAAUGCCUAAUUGUAAUAUACUCAAAAUUCACAUGUAGGGUAUGCAAAACAAGUAUUUGUUUAGUUGUAUCUAACUUGGUUUUUGGGUUUAAGAGUAAAAGUCAUGAUGUUGAUCAUUGGUGAAUAUAGACCUUUUUUUAACGUCGUCUAAAACAUCAUUUUACAAAUAAUUAUAAUUAUAAACUAUAUCUUGUGAUAUGCUUAAGGUCAAACAUGAUGGUCAUGUAAUGAUGACUAAUUAGAUUAAGAAGAUACUUUGCAAGUUUGGUGUAUACCUAAAAGGACUUAGGAGGGUGAUAUAUGAUUAGCCAGUUAUAAUGUUGUACCUUUUUAUUAAAAUUGAACUUUUCAAAUUACUUCAAACUUUUAUAAGUUAGGCCAUAGAGAAGGGGAGAUCAGAAAAAAUAUUACAAAGUCAAAGUCCUCUAACCAAAGUUGUUCUUCAUCAAUCUUAUAUUCUCGCACCCACUUUCCAGGCAAGUAUUAUGAUCGCUAUGUUCAUUAUUCUGACAUCAUUCGCAAGACUUUGAUCUUGUCAGAUUGGUCUCUCUCUCUCUCUAUAUAUAUAUAACUUAAGUGAGGUGAUAUAAGCAUAUUUAUUGAGUGAGGGAAUUAAUUAAGAUCGAUGGCAGUGGAAUCAAAAGGAAGAUCUUUGGAGGUAACACCAACUUGGGCAGUGGCUGUUGUUUGCUUUGUUCUGGUUUUGGUCUCUAUUCUCAUUGAACAUGCCAUUCAUUUGCUUGGAAAGUGGUUGACAAAAAGGAACAAAAAAGCUCUUUAUGAAGCACUUGAGAAGAUUAAACAAGAGCUUAUGCUACUGGGGUUCAUAUCAUUGAUGUUAACAGUAUUACAAGAUCACAUUUCAGCUAUCUGCUUAACCGAGGCCAUUGGUGCUACAUGGCAUCCAUGCAAUAAAAAAAAAGUGAAAAAUGUUGAUGAUAAUGACCAUGGAAGAAGAAGAAGACUUCUUUCAGUUCAUUCAGAUCAUGAUGAGACCACAGUCAGACGUGUCUUAGCCUCAACUUCAUAUGAUAAAUGUGCUGCCAAGGAUAAAGUACCAUUUGUGUCGGCCUACGGGAUUCACCAACUUCAUAUUCUCAUUUUCGCUAUUGCCGUAUUCCAUGUGCUAUACUGCGUAAUCACCCUAGCUUUGGGCAGAACAAAGAUGAGAAAGUGGAAAGCAUGGGAAAUGGAAACUAGGACAAGUGACUACGAAUUUUCCAAUGACCCUCAGAGAUUUAGAUUUGCUAGAGAGACCUCUUUUGGAAGAAGACACUUGAACUCUUGGAGUCACUAUCCCUUUCUCUUAUGGAUUGUUUGCUUCUUCAGACAGUUCUUUGGAUCAGUACCAAAGGUUGAUUACCUAACACUACGACAUGGAUUCAUUAUUGCUCAUUUGGCACCUCAGAGUCAUACCAAUUUUAAUUUCCAAAAUUACAUUAAAAGAUCACUUGAAAAGGACUUCAAAGUUGUAGUUGGGAUCAGCCAUGCAAUUUGGUUCUUCGCCAUACUAUUCUUACUAUCACACACCAAUGGCUGGAAAUCGUAUCUAUGGCUGCCAUUUGUCCCACUGUUUAUCAUCUUGUUGGUAGGGACAAAGCUUCAAGUUAACAUAGCAAAGAUGGGUCUGAGGAUCCAAGAGAGAGGAGAGGUGGUUAAGGGGACACCACUGGUUCAGCCGGGCGACGAUCUCUUCUGGUUUAACCGCCCCCGCCUUGUCCUCCACCUCAUUCACUUCGUCCUCUUUCAGAACGCUUUUCAGCUUGCUUUCUUAGCAUGGACUGUGUAUGAAUUUGGGUUAAAAUCUUGCUUUCAUGACAAAUUAUAUGACAUUAUCAUCAGAAUAACAAUGGGAAUCCUUAUUCAGAUACUUUGUAGCUAUGUGACUCUUCCUCUAUAUGCGUUGGUGACACAGAUGGGAUCCACCAUGAAACCUGCCAUCUUCAACGAUAGAGUAGCAAAUGCUUUGAAAAAAUGGCACCACACUGCUAGAAAGCAUGUCAAAAAGAGCAAGCACCAGCAGCAAUCUGGCCCUUUUUCCAGAUCCAUGUCCCCUAUCCAUCUGCUUCACAAAUACAGAAGUGAACUCGACAGCAGCCAUACCUCGCCAAGAAUGUCAAACUUCAACAGCAUCGAGGAGAAGAAGAAGGAAAUCCACCAUCACCGCGGAAGCUUGGGGCAAGAGGAAGGUUGCAGUGUUUCCCCUGGUUCUUUUCGGAUUCAGCAUGAAAUUGACGUUGGCCCAACAGAUUUUUCCUUCGAUAAAUCAGAGAGGAUAUGAUAGAUAUAUACAUACCUAUACAUAUAACAUAUAAUAAUAGAUAUGCAAAAAAUAGUCUAAUAACAUAGAAUGAUCAAGCACUAACAAUGUUGUGUUACAUAUGUAUUGUAGUUCUAACAAAGGUGUGAUCACUGAUCAUAGAUCGUGUUCUUCCCUAAGUCAAUAAUGUAAAUUUUCUGCCCAA